CCGGGGAGACGCGUUUACUGCGGAGAGUCUGUGCUGGGCUGGUUAGUCUCGAGCGCGAGUGGUGGUGGUGGACGGAGUUGUUUUCUCGGAAGGGCCUUAAGAGAAAAGGACUAGUCAUGUCGUCCUUGAUUAGAAGGGUGAUCAGCACCGUGAAAGCCCCAGGGCCCAUUGGUCCCUACAGUCAAGCUGUGUUAGUCGACAAGACCGUUUACGUUUCAGGACAGAUAGGCCUGGACCCUUCAAGUGGACAGCUUGUGCCAGGAGGGGUGGCAGAAGAAGCCAAACAAGCUCUUACCAACAUAGGUGAAAUUCUCAAAGCUGCGGGCUGUGACUUCAGUAACGUGGUAAAAACAACUGUUUUGCUGGCUGACAUAAAUGACUUCAAUACUGUCAACGAAAUCUACAAACAGUAUUUCAAGAGUAGUUUUCCUGCUAGAGCUGCUUACCAGGUUGCUGCUUUGCCCAAAAAUUCCUGCUGAACGCUCCAUGUUUCCAACAAUUUCUUCAGGUUGAAUCUGCUCCGUGUUUCCUGAACCUUCACAAGUUUUAUGGAGUGAAUCAUUAUUUACAACUGUUUCGACAAGCUGACUUCUGUCCAAUACUUCUGGACAUUCAUUCUCUGUGGGAAUUGCUUCUAGAAGUUGGGACUGCUCAUCUUUUCCCAAUGUUUCUUGAAGUUGCUGCUCUUCAGCUGUUUCCACAAGCUGACUUCUGUCCAAUAUUUCUGGAGAUUCAGUCUCCUUGGGAACUGUUUCUGGGAGUUGAGACUGUUCAUCCUUUCUCAUUGCUUCUUGAGGUUGUGGCUCUCUCAGUGCUUCCAGAGGUGGAGUUUUCUCAGCUGUUCCUAGAGGUGUCAUCUCUCUGGCAGUCUGCGGAAUCUCAGUACCUCGCAUUGCUCCAGGAGAGUCCCUCUCUCCUGCUGUCCUCAAAAGCUGACAACUGGCUUCUGUUCCUAAAGGUUCAGUCUCAGCAUUUCCUUUUAAAGGUUGAACCUCUGUCACUGCUUCCAUGUUUUUCUUCUUUUCUCCUGCUCCUGAAGUAUCAUCUUUGCGACCUGGCUGAGGUGGCCCAGACUCCUUAGAUCCCUCUAGAGGCUGCGUCUUUUCCGUGGAUCCUGGUUGGUCUACAGCAUCCUUUGCCAGGGCCUCUUCAGGGAGGGAUUUAACACCAUUAGCUGUAGACACUGCUGAAAUCUUGAGCUUUUCUAAUGGAGGAAGGCAUUCCUCUUGUACCUUGCCAUAAAAAGUAGACUCUCUUCCCAGUGUGCAUGGUUUUGGCUGCGCAAAGCAGGACUCACUUUCUUCUGUGGUUGAAAAAUA